CUCGUUGAUCAGCUGGUGUGUCAAAAUAUUACGCAGUGUGUACACACUUAGCGAUGGCAAGGAUGGAGCUUGCACCACUCAGACCAUGGGAUGAUUUCUUCCCCGGAGCGGACCGCUUUGCCAAACCCGACUUCGCAGAUUUAACCAAAUGGAACAACAGAGUGAUCAGCAAUUUGUUGUACUACCAGACAAAUUACUUCGCCGUGGCCAUCGUGGUCUUCCUGAUUGUGGGGUUCCUGAACCCAUUUGGCAUGUUUCUGGGAGGAGCUGUGGUGACUCUGGUCUUCAUGGGUUCAGUGUGGGCCGGAGAGAACAAGGCCAUGAUCAAGAACUUUAAAAGGAAGAACCCCACUCUGUUCGUCUUUGGGGUCAUGAUCACCAGUUAUUUCCUGCUGUCGCUGUGUGGCGGAGUGAUGGUCUUCAUCUUUGGAAUCACCUUCCCUUUGCUGUUGAUCCUGGUCCAUGCUUCACUGAGACUGCGCAACAUGAAGAACAGACUGGAGAACAAGAUUGAGGGCGUCGGGCUUAAGAAGUCACCUAUGGGCAUCAUCCUGGACCUCCUGGAUCAACAGGAGGAGAGAAUGAACAAGAUUCAGGAUUUCAUUGAAAGCAAACUUAAGGAGUAAAAGGUCAAAAGUGUGCCAAGGUUUGUCAGCCUCAUACACAAUAGAAUCAUAUUUCUAUAGCACCAUCCCAAGUGUCAAGUUUGUAUCACCCUUAUAAAACAAUCGAUGUUUGCAUUCCAAUACUAAUCAUCAAGACAUGAUUUUGCAUUUUGUUGAAUUUAUUCCCCUAUACAUUUGUUAGAACACCCCAUUUAAAGCCAAUAGAUAGGUUUACAACAAGAUUACAAGACUUGCACAGUCACUGUGGAUUGAACGUUGAGAGGCACUGGGCACGGUUACCAAAGGUUUAGACAUUCCUGUGUGCGUCCUGUGUCCAAAAAUGUUGCUAAACCAAACACGAAACAUAUUUUCAUUGUGUGAGCUGCAUUUCCGUCAGCUGCUGACGGUGCACUUCAUUAUAUAUGAUGAGAUGGUGUUUGUUCCAAAAAGGUGCAUGUGAGAAUGCAGUAUUUGUUGCACCUUGACACAAUUAGCUGUAAUUGUAGUUUCAAAACAUUACUAAUUCUGUUUGUACUGGAGUAACAAAAAAAAAAAAAAAAUCAGAUCCAUUCAGUUUGCUACCUCAAAUAUUUGAGCAUAUAGUGUAAUUUUCUUCUCACUAAUAAGUAGAAUCAGAGUCAAACUAGUCCCCCGGCUCUUAUUAAACUAUUAAUUGCUAAUUAAACAGCAAUAAGUCCCAUCUUGUCACUUCAAGGUGUGUAUAAGAAAGGUGUUUUGCUAUUGUGGAGUACUGAUCUGAGACCAGUUUGCCUCAAGAGUUAAUAUGUUCAAGAAGGAGGUCUAAAAGUUAUGUGCAUAUGGUUCCUGACCAUACAGAUUAGCUUGAGUAAAUACCCUCUGAUCACAGCUAUGCAAUACUGAAAAAUGAAUGGCACGUGCAGCUUUAUUAUCUGUUAGGUCAUAGUGUGUACAUGUCUGUUUUAUUAUUUUUUUUUUUUUUAACUUAUUUUUGAUGUGUCUGCAAGCAUGCAGAAACUGUAAAUGGGUGCAAUUUUGGAAGCAUAUAAUUUGGCACUUAGAAAAAAUUAUUUCAUCAACAGAAGUUAAAUGCAUCAUAGUGUCCCUUUACAUAAUUAAAUGUGGAACUAUACAGAGAUUCCCGUAAUGUUAUCAUUCUCUGUUGGGAUAUAAUGCACCUUUUCUCCUCUGAAAAAGCAAAAGGAAACCUAUAAUCUGUAACUGUGUACAUUUUGUAUUGCUAUUCCUAAUAGUAGGUGCAGGUGCAGCUCCUCUUGCUUUUAACACAUGCACAUUAACUACGAGUUGUGCAUGCAAAUCUCACAAGUGGCAGUUCAGAGGGAAUGUCUAUAUGGAUGCCAUAAUAUCUAUGUUUUUAUGUGACUUGUUUUUCAUUUUUGAGUAGUGAUGCAGAAAACCACAGAACUGGAAGCAACACACUGCUGUCCACUAUGAUAAUAAAGUUUACCUGAUUUGUGAAGCAAAGUCUUCUGCAGUGACUUGUCAGUGUGAGCAUGGAUGUACUGCAUUGUUUUAACAUAAUUUACGAAUGAGUCUGA